AUGUUUGGCCUGGACCAGAAGGAAGGCAGGAUAUUCCAGUCCAUGAUGUCUGUGAUGAGAUUCCUCGUGUCUGACAACAUCACACAUUCGACUGCCCUGGUGACAGCACUGGAUAAUGUCACAACCUGGACCCCGACAACAGCGCAGGCAAUAAAUGACACCAACAUCACUGUGCCGCACAAGUGCCUGUUGUUGCUCUAUGAGGACAUUGGGAAGUCCAGAGUCCGCUACUGGGAUCUUCUGCUCCUGGUUCCCAAUGUGCUUUUCUUUAUAUUUCUUCUCUGGAAGCUGCCCUCUGCCAGGGCCAAAAUCCGGGUCACUUCCAGCCCAAUCUUCACUACAUUCUACAUACUAGUAUUUGUGGUGGCUUUAGUUGGUAUUGCCCGUGCUGUUGUCUCCAUGACUGUAAGUGCCUCUGAUGCUGCCACAGUUGCGGAUAAGAUCCUGUGGGAGAUCACAAGGUUCUUCCUUCUGGCGAUUGAGCUGAGUGUGGUGAUUCUAGGCCUUGCCUUUGGUCACCUGGAGAGCAAGUCAAGUGUGAAACGUGUUCUGGCAAUCACUACAGUGCUGUCCCUGGCAUAUUCUGUCACCCAGGGCACGCUGGAAAUCCUGUACCCUGAUGCCCACCUCUCAGCAGAAGACUUCAACAUCUAUGGCCAUGGAGGAAGACACUUCUGGCUUGCCAGCUCCUGUUUCUUCUUUCUGGUCUAUUCUUUUGUGGUGAUUCUUCCAAAAACUCCUCUGAAAGACCGGAUUUCUUUGCCCUCCAGGAAGAGUUUUUAUGUUUAUGCUGGAAUCCUGGCACUGUUGAACCUGGUGCAGGGCCUGGGCAGUGCCCUCCUCUGUGUGGAUAUCAUAGAAGGACUGUGCUGUGUUGAUGCUACCACGUUCCUUUACUUCAGCUUCUUUGCACCUCUCAUCUAUGUGGCAUGUUGGUGUUGCCGCCGUGUGGCCACUCAGAAGAGAUGCAUCUUGGUAGGAAAACCCGAGUGUUGUGUAGGCUUUGGGUUUUGGUCUGAACCGAAGAUCCUUUUCUCCUACAAAUGUCAGGUGGAUGAACCUGAGGAUGUGGACGUGCACCUACCCCACCCCUAUGCUGUUGCCAAGAAGGAAGGAAUGGAUUCCGGGUUCUACUCCAGCACUCAGAUUGACACCACAGCCUACCUGGAUGACGUGGCCUCUAUGCCGUAUCAUGUGGGCAGCAUCAACAGCAUAGACAGUGACCGCUGGAAAGCCAUCAAUGCCUAA